CGUUAUUUGUCAUUAAAAUUAAAUCCUAUGAGUGAUGGAUGAGAAUAAACUUUAAACUAUGAAGAGCUUAAAUUAUUUUAAUACAGGUAAAAUUCCUCAACCGCAGCUACCUGGGUACAUUUUUUCGGAGAAGUUAGGUUCUGGUUCAUACGCAGUUGUUUAUAAAGCCUGUCCAAAGCAAAGGAAGGAAGAAGUUGUGGCCGUUAAGUGCAUCCUUAGGUCCUCACUGAACAACAUCUCGAAAGAAAAUCUCCUUACAGAGAUUGAGUUGAUGAAAUCAUUCAAACACGAACACAUCGUUAAUCUAAGAGAUUUUUCUUGGGACGAGACUUACAUAUAUUUGAUCCUCGAGUAUUGCGCUGGAGGGGAUUUGAUGUCAUUCUUGAAGUCCCGCAAGGUGGUCUCUGAACGAGUCGCCAAGAUGUUCCUGCAACAAUUAGCUUCAGGUUUGAAGUACAUGAGAUCGAAACUGGUCUGUCACAUGGAUUUGAAGCCGUCGAACAUUCUGCUCACAUCCGCCCACAAUCCCAUCGUUAAGAUUGCUGAUUUUGGAUUUGCCCACUAUUUGAGUGGGAGCACAGACGCCAUGUUCAUCAGGGGCUCCCUCCUCUACAUGGCUCCUGAGAUCGUGACGAGAGGCUCUUACGACGAGAAAGCAGAUUUGUGGUCGGUCGGCGUCAUUCUCUAUGAAUGUUUGUUUGGGAGGGCACCAUUUGCAUCAAGAACGCUGACUGAAUUGGAGAGAAAGAUAACAAGCAGUGAUCCCAUCGAGAUCCCUUCGAAACCAUCAUCAUCAUCAUCUCAGUUAAUUUCUGAAUCAUGUUUGGAUCUGUUGGAAGGAUUGUUGAAGAGAGAUGUUGAUGAAAGGAUGGGUUACGAUGAGUUUUUCAUUCAUCCGUUUGUCGAUCUAAUUCAUAUACCAACAGAAGACUCUCUUCCAACUGCCACAGAGCUGGUGAACAAAGCUACCGCCAUGGAUGCCAGGAAAAAUUAUAAAUCAGCUCUCAGAUUUUAUUGUGAAGCUCUUCAAUAUUUCAUGGCUGCCAUCCAAUUUGAAACAGAUUGUCACAAAAAAGAUGUUAUAAGAUCAAAGGUGAAUAAGUACAUUGAAAGAGCUGAAGAGUUGAAAAAGAUACUUGAAACUGACGUGACAUCAGUAGCAGCUGAAGAAGUUGAUUCUGCAAAUGUUUCAACACCAAAGCCAUCAACGUCAAACAGUUCUCAUUCUGAGUGCAAGAAAGCAUCAAAUAAUGAAGACUCCCAUUCACAACUUUGUUAG